UGAAGAGGAGAGAUAUUGGUUAUUAUUAACUAAGUGAUGUGUAGUUAAUUUACAGAGCUUAUUUUAAUUGACAUGGCAAAAGACCAUUGUUGUUUUAUCUUCACAUUGUAGUUGGUUGCAAUAUCACAGUGGUAAUGAUAGAGCCUGAAGUGAAUGCAAUGAAGGCAGUGCACACAAGAAUUAAGCAUGUCAGGAAAAGAACUAGACACACUUCAUUUGUAAGACAAAUAAUACAGGAUUAUUGUGUAAUGGCAAAUGAAAAUUAUUUUGCUGGGAGUGGAGGUGGUGAAGUGAAAACUGGAAUAAUCAGCUGUUUUCUAAGAAAUGUGUUAAUGUCAUCACAGCUCGUGCUGAGUUUUUUCACUAUUGCUGCUCUGGUGUCUACAGCACAAGCCCAAGGAGCUGUACAGGCGCCCAGGUUCCUAGGCCAGGGCGGCACCGCUGAGACCUCCGUCGUCAGCGAGGGACUCGUCAAGAUCCUGCAGUGUCAGGCUAUAGGUUACCCUCAGCCGGAGUACCAGUGGUGGAAGGACGGCGUGGCCCUCACUCCGGCCUUCAGCCCUCAACACUUCCAUAAAAUUUCCGGCGUCACGCGAGACGAUGCCGGAGAAUACCGGUGCCGGGCCCGCAACCCUGCUGGCACCAUCCUGUCACCGCCCGUCAACUUGGAAGUGGCAUACAUGAACACGUCAUCAUUCCUGUCACCAGGAGACCCACCCUCGUCAGACCCACCCUCGUCAGAACCACCCUCAUCAGACCCACCCUCGUCAACAGUUACGGUACUGUCAGGACAGGCAGCAGUGCUGUCACUACCGUCACUAGACACACAUCCUCGUCCCUCAGUGACGUGGCUAAGUGACGACCGAGCGUUACUUUAUGGCAUCAAGUACGCGACUACGGACCCUCUCAACCAGCUCGUCAUACUUGAUGCUACGCCUAGUGACCAGAAACUGUACAGGGCUGUGCUGACAAAUGCUCAGCUAGGGCAAGAGGUGUCGACUGGGUGGACGAAGGUGGUGGUGAUGGGGGGUGAUGGUGACGAGGUGGUCCCCCUCACCAUCGUCGUCCCCCCCGCCAACCUCACCGUCACCAAGGGCAGCAACAUCGCGACGUUGCAGUGCAUCGCCAACGCCAGGCCGCUGUACCGCGUAGAGACUGUCUGGUACAAGGACUCGGUACCUGUAGAGGAGAGCGCUGUACCAGUACAUAACUGUACUACUGUACUGUACAGGCCGCUGUACCGCGUAGAGACUGUCUGGUACAAGGACUCGGUACCUGUAGAGGAGAGCGCUGUACCAGUACAUAACUGUACUACUGUACUGUACAGGCCGCUGUACCGCGUAGAGACUGUCUGGUACAAGGACUCGGUACCUGUAGAGGAGAGCGCUGUACCAGUACAUAACUGUACUACUGUACUGUACAGGCCGCUGUACCGCGUAGAGACUGUCUGGUACAAGGACUCGGUACCUGUAGAGGAGAGCGCUGUACCAGUACAUAACUGUACUACUGUACUGUACAGGCCGCUGUACCGCGUAGAGACUGUCUGGUACAAGGACUCGGUACCUGUAGAGGAGAGCGCUGUACCAGUACAUAACUGUACUACUGUACUGUACAGGCCGCUGUACCGCGUAGAGACUGUCUGGUACAAGGACUCGGUACCUGUAGAGGAGAGCGCUGUACCAGUACAUAACUGUACUACUGUACUGUACAGGCCGCUGUACCGCGUAGAGACUGUCUGGUACAAGGACUCGGUACCUGUAGAGGAGAGCGCUGUACCAGUACAUAACUGUACUACUGUACUGUACAGGCCGCUGUACCGCGUAGAGACUGUCUGGUACAAGGACUCGGUACCUGUAGAGGAGAGCGCUGUACCAGUACAUAACUGUACUACUGUACUGUACAGGCCGCUGUACCGCGUAGAGACUGUCUGGUACAAGGACUCGGUACCUGUAGAGGAGAGCGCUGUACCAGUACAUAACUGUACUACUGUACUGUACAGGCCGCUGUACCGCGUAGAGACUGUCUGGUACAAGGACUCGGUACCUGUAGAGGAGAGCGCUGUACCAGUACAUAACUGUACUACUGUACUGUACAGGCCGCUGUACCGCGUAGANGACCCUACAGUAAAGCGUUAUAUUAACCCUGCAGAGACGCCGUCUCUGAAGACCCAGCCCCCCAUAGAGACCCUAGGAGACCUGGGCAAGACCCUGACCCUGCAGUGUCCUGUAGAGGGCUUACCGCACCCCACCGUCACGUGGCUUAGGGAUGCCCUGCCUCUGGAUACCCAGCCAGGGUCCAGAUAUCAGCUGCUACGCAACGGCUCGCUGGCUGUAGGCAGCGUGGCUCUCAACGACUCUGCAAUGUACCAGUGCCGGGCCAGCAACCCUGCCGGCGAGGUGUCUGCGUAUACCUGGCUUAGGGUUAAGACGUCAGCGCCGGUGCUGCUAACGCCGCCCGCUAACGUCACAGUAGUGGACGGUGGCAGCGCAACGCUAACUUGCAACGCUGGCGGGUCCCCACACCCUAACAUCUCAUGGACCCAUCCCGAGGGCCAUGAAAUUAUAUCGGACGGGGCCCGGUUCCGCGUUAGCUCUGAUGGGGCCCUCCACAUCACCGAGGUCCGGGCCCGGGACCAGGGACAAUACAGCUGUUCCCGGGCCAACAAAGCGGGCCAUGUCGCCGCCGAUGCCUGGGUCGUUAUCCUAGAGAAGACCCAUAUCGUGACACCGCCCCAGGAUACACAGGUCAUCCUGGGACAUGUGGCCACUUUGCCAUGUGGCGUACGGCAUGCCGCGGGGGUGGCGGCCGUGGUGACGUGGCAUCACGAUGGCGUGGUGGUGGCGGGUGGUGAUGUGGGUGCAUCACUUAACUCCCGCAUCACGAUGCUGGGGGACGGAUCACUGCAGAUACAGGAGGCUAGGGCCGCUGAUGUCGGCCUCUAUCAGUGUACUGUGACGUCAGAAGGAGGUAACGACACGAGCUCGGCGCGGCUGGAGGUGAUGGAGCUGCCGUACCCCCCCAGCAGCGUCACCGCCGAGCGCGACCACACGGCGGCCAAAGGCGUCCUGUUGUCCUGGACACCCGCCUUUGACGGCAACAGCCGCCUUACCGGCUACAUCCUGCAGCGGCGGGAGGUGCCAGUCACGGGAAUAACGGCCGCAGCAGCUGACUACGGGCUGAAGUGGUCUACGUUCAGCCGUAACGUGUCGGCGGGCGCGCUCACGGCCGUAGUAACGGACCUGCGACCGUCCACGGGCUACCAGUUCCGCGUGGCAGCCGUCAACCACGUGGGCGAGGGGUCGUUCUCGCCCCCCAGCAACGUCAUUGUUCUGCCGCAACAAGCGCCCAGUGGUCCCCCCCUGGGGCUGGUGGGGUCCCCACGCUCCCCCUCCGAGCUGAUGGUGCAGUGGGAGCCUCCCCUGCAGGAGCACCGCAACGGUGUGGUCCUCGGAUAUGUGGUCCGCUACCGUCUGGGCGGCUACAAGGACGCGCAGUGGUACUACAGGAACGUCACUAAAGAGACGCAGCACAGCUACCUCAUCAGCGGACUUAUCACCUGGAAGGACUAUGAGGUGCAAGUGGCCGCAUACAACAUUAAAGGCGUCGGUGUUUACUCCGAAGGUAUCCGUCUGAAGACGAAGGAAGGGGUGCCCACGGCGCCCCCCCGUCAGGUGACGGUAGAGGCCCUGUCUUCCACCGUCGUGGAGGUGACAUGGAAGCCUCCAGAGCCCUGGAUGAUCAACGGCAUCAACCAGGGCUACAAAGUCCAGGCCUGGCGCGAGAACCCAGUGCUGGUACCGACUGCACAGCCAGCAACGACCGUGACCGUACCACCGUCACCGUACCAGGACGUACGUGAAGCCGUUAACCUGACCAGGCUCCUCAAGUACAACACGUACCAUGUCACGGUACUGUGCUUCACUGCACCGGGGGACGGUAACAGGAGUACACCCAUCACCGUCACCACACUUGAAGAUGUGCCUGGUCCCCCCAGUAAGCUGCACUUCCCUGAAGUGAGCGACCGCUCGGUGCUGGUUCGCUGGUCACCACCGGACCAGCAGAACGGUAUCCUGACAGGAUACAGCGUCGCCUACAGGAGGCGCGACAUGCCCAGGGAACAACCUCAUCUUGUGGCCAACCUCACUGCCGAUGUCACGUCAUACAGGAUCAACAACCUUACCGUGAGUGCCAGUAUUGAUCUCUGGAUUGUCCAGGCUCUGAGUUCUCGGUCUUCAACAUGGGAGACCGUGCACAACACGUCGGCCCCGUCAGCCACGACGUUCACAGUGCCCGGUCUGGUGCCGUUCACGACGUACCAGCUACGUCUGAUAGCCCGUAACGUCGUGGGGGACUCGCCCCCAUCUUCACAGUCACCUCAGUUUCAAACCCUGCAAGCCGCCCCCGCCCACCCCCCCUCCAACGUCACCAUCAGGGCGGUGUCUGCUACUGAGCUCAGAGUGCGCUGGAUUCCCCUGCAGCAGUGGGAGUGGUACGGGGCCUCGCAAGGGUACCGCAUCCUGUACCGCCCCCUGGGCUGUACCUGCGAGUACCAACACAGCUUCGUGUAUGAUACCACAGCGAACUCAUACAAGCUGGAGGGUCUACACGAGUACACCAAGUACCAGAUCACAAUGGAGGCCGUGAACGACGUGGGUGCGUCGACCCGCUCUACGGCUGCCGUCGAGCGCACGCGCGAGUCUGUUCCAUCGGCGGGCCCGACAAAUGUGACGGCGAAGGCGACCUCCUCGACGACGGUGGUGGUGGAGUGGAGCGCUGUGGACCUGCUGCACCAGAACGGCGUCAUACAGGGAUACAAGGUCAUCUAUACAGGCGCAGAGCUGCUGCCGGAGGAGAAGCUGCUGCAGGGCAACGCGACGCUGAAGGCGACGCUGACGCAGCUACGCAAGUACCGCACCUACAGCGUGCAGGUCCUGGCCUAUACCAGGCUGGGGGAUGGUGCUCCUGCACCUACACCACCUCUUGUGGUCACUACCUUCGAUGAUGUACCAGGCGUACCAUCCAGCGUAUCAUUCCCCGACGUAUCGUUCACAUACGCCCGUAUCAUCUGGGACGUCCCAGUAGAACCUAAUGGAGAAAUAACAGCCUACUCCAUCACUUAUCACCUCGCUGACGAUCCUUCUCACAACCUCACCAUCGAACUCGGACCCAGUGACCGCACCUUUAAAGCUGAGAACCUCAAGCCCGAGAGCUAUUACAUGUUCCUGGCCCGGGCUAGGACCCGGCUAGGAUGGGGUAGGGUCCUAAGAGCCCCAGUGUACACGACCAACAACAGACAGUUGCCUACCCCACCCUCUGUGCCCACUGUGUUACAUUCCCAGCUCACCAGUGACAGUGUUACGUUCUCGUGGAACCCGGGGCUGGAUGGACUCGCUCCCAUCAGGUACUACACCGUACAACAAAUGUCAGAAGGUGGUGGCACUUGGACAGAUAUUCCAGAGCAGGUGGAGUAUAGUGCCACUAGUUACACGGCACACUCCCUGGCACCCUACACCUCCUACAGGUUUCGCCUUCAGUCCACGAACGACAUCGGCCCCAGCGGCUGGAGCGCCGUUAGUGAGGAGGUCCGCACGCUGCCCGCUGCGCCUACGUCCCCGCCUCACGACGUUAAGGUAAUCCCGAUCACGACGGCGAGCGUUCGUGUUGAGUGGUCCCCGGUAUUCCCGGACGCGUGGUCCGGGGACCAGCAGACCGCGGGCUACCGGGUCCGGUACCGGCAGCAGCUCACGGACGACACCGGAGGACCGAGCGUCUUCGGACCCCAGCAGAGCAAAGACCUGCCCGACACCCACGCCGCCAGUCUUGUGCUGCAGGACUUACAGUUACGCAUCACGUGGGAGCCACCGCCCGAAGACGAAGUGAACGGCGAGCUUCUAGGCUACAAAGUUUUCUACCGACCAUCCUCUAAACCUGAAGGUCUCGACGAAGUCGAGGUCGUGGGUGCCGACACGACAGCUCACGAACUCUUGUAUCUCGACACAUACGUCGAGUAUGCCAUCACGAUCUUGUGUUUCAACCCUGCUGGUGAUGGACCAAAGUCUGAACCUGUUAUCGUGCGCACCAUGCCUGAUAUACCGGGACCUGUAGCGUGGAUCAACUUCACUGAUAUCACCAUGAACUCGCUGAGGCUUGUGUGGGGUAAACCUGAAGCUCCUAAUGGGGAGAUACUGGGUUACCUCGUUACCUACGAAACUGCAGCUGUCGAUGAGAGUUUCAGCAAGCAAGUUAAGCAGAAGGUGGUCGGGAAGCAGUUGCCUGUCGUAGGGCUGGAGGAGGAAGUCACUUAUCUCUUCACUGUACGCGCACAAACUAUCGGCUUCGGUCCUCAGGUGAGCGCUAACGUGACCACAGGUCCCCAGCCCGGGUCCCCAGCGCGUCCCCGCGACGUGACGCUGUCCCGCACCGUCAGCAGCCUCACCCUCCACUGGAGGAACUCCCACCACGGCGCCCUGCCCCUGCUGGGGUACUACAUCGAGGGACGGACUACGGCCACACAGCUCUCCUUGCACUACUUCAAUUCCCUGAAGUGGGAGGUGCCAAUGAGGUCCAUUUUACCCUCAGAUUCUCUGAAGUGGGAGGACUACCAGAUCGUAACACCCAGCAAGGUGUACCUGGAGACGGGGUACCUGCAAGCAGCGCCGUUCUACCACCAGACGUGGUUCAUGGUCACGCUCGCCGCCAUCAGCAUCGUCCUUAUUAUCAUCGUCAUCGCUGCACUCUGCGUCAAGAGCAAGACCUAUAAGUACAAACGUGUCGUCGAGGAGCUCUUGGCUCAAGAGGCACAAAACAAAUCCUUGGAAGAAUCCAUGGGCUGCGACGACACAAACUUCUCGACAUUCGAGCUCCGCCCCACGGUCGCCCUGGCGACCGUGGGCCACACCGGCACCAUCGGCAAGCGCUCGACCAUGCCGCGCAGCACUCUCAACCGCAGCACACUCGGCAGUCGCAGCACCAGCAGCCGGCGCACCGGACCUCUAAGUAUCGCUGGUCCCUCUGGCGUGGUGGCGGCGGUGGCAAGUAAGCUACCGCCACGUCCCGCCCCCGCGUCCCUCGCUUACUCCGACGACGAGACGCUCAAGAGCGGCGGUGCCGCCACCGAUUCCAGUGACGUCACUGAGAAGCCCUCCGACAUCUCCUCCAGUGACUCGCAUGAGUCAGAACUGAGUGAAGUUGAGAGCGAACAUCACUUUUUCUUAACAAUUCCUCACAUUGCAGGAGUCAGAACUGAGUGCAUUGGUCAAAUUGUCAUGAAUAACAUGGCUGGGUCUAGGGCGCCUUUGCCUGGCUUCAGCUCCUUUGUGUGAAUUGGCAUAAGAUAUUAUUUUAUGCCAAUGUAAGUUAAUAUAUUAAUAACAAUGUAUUAAUUAAGGAGCCUUUCUUUGAGGCAUUGGUCAAAUUGUCAUGAAUAACAUGGCUGGGUCUAGGGCUCCUUUGCCUGGCUUCAGCUCAUUUGUGUGAAUUGGCAUAAGAUAUUAUUUUAUGCCAAUGUAAGUUAAUAUAUUAAGAACAAUAUAUUAAUAACGCUUAGGAGCCUUUCCUGUGACGCAUUAAUGACAGUGCUCGAUGAAAAUUCUGAAGAAAAGUAGGUAAUUUACAAGAAAAUGCAAAAACGUUUGAGCUUUUUUGGAAAAAAACUAUUGGGGAAAAACCAGUGGCUACAGGGAAAAAACCAUUGCUUUUUCCAGCAUGGGAAAAAACAAUGGCUACUCGCUGCUCAAUCCAAGACCUGAACAAAACUAUUAUUAAGUUCUGUUCUUCUGUCGCUAGUGACGGUUGUGACUUUCAGUUGAACUUCAUAAUUGCUUGUGAAUAUUGACGACUCGAAUUGCUGGAAUGAGUCAAUCGAAUUCGAACAUUUCUUCUAUUUUGUAAAUUGCAUUUAACAUGUUCAUUUCUUACUUUGAUUUGGUUUAUUUUCAACCCAAACUUGAACGCUUGUUAACUGUUUCAUAAAUUUUAUUCAACUCUCAAAGUUGCCUUCAACUCUCGAAUUUGCCUUCAACUCUCAAAGUUGCCUUCAACUCUCAAAGUUGACUUAAACUCUCAAAGUUGCCUUCAACUCUCAAAGUUGCCUUCAACUCUCAAAGUUGCCUUCAACUCUUAAAAAAAAGUUGCUUUUGGAAAAGUUCUAAUAGAUAUUUUGCCGCUAAAUGUGAAGCCUGUUAUGGCCUUUAUGCGUACCAACGAUCUUGCCCAUCUUUCCCAGUGCCUCUUCAGUGAACAUAUCAACGUAUAAAUUAGUUAAUUUUUAGCUUGUGACUAUGUACAUAAAUGUCAGUGAUAUUUGACAUUCUUAAGUGAAGUUUAAAAUCGGGGACUGCGGUACCCAGAGACAUUGAAUGCGUCUACGGACAUCAUUCGUAGGUUUACUAUUGAGGUUUACUAUAUUUACUCAAGUUUGCAUCAACUUGAGUAAAUGUGUUAACUUGACUUUGCUCAUGCGUGUUAAUCUUUUAUUUGCGAUUGUGUUGAAACAAUGCAUCAAAACUGAAAUUUUCGUUCCGAUUAGACGAAAUUUUUUGUGUGGUUCAUGAGUUGUCUGAAAUACGUACUUUUAUUGAUUUUUCCACAACGUUGAGGUCAUUUUUUUCUAAUAUUUAUGAUUUCAACUUCUACAACUUAAAUUUUGUUUUUGCUCCCCCGCCGUGGAAUAUGCUUGUGUAUUUGGGUUCAUUUGAAUUAUUUUUCGACCAUGAGUAAUUAUGUUGAUUUCGUAAGACCCAUUUAAAUUUUUAAGCAUGACUAUUCUACUGAUAAUUGUAUUCUUUUUUGAUGGGACACUUUCCUAUUUAUUAACUACUAUGAAUAACAAUUUUAUACGGUGAUCUAUACAUUUAAAUUUAACUUUCUAUAUUUUAAGCUUGUGGGGGUUUGACUUGUGCCUACUGACUCGAUUUUAUUAUAUAUUAAUUUGUCGCUUUUUCAUUCUCACGGUUUUUUAAGUUGUUUUUAUCUUAAUGUAGUAAUGCCGUUAUUUUUUCCUGAUUUACUAUACUAGCAGGAUUAUACUUCAUUGGAAAGUGUAUGGAUAAUAUCAAAUGUACAUUAAUUCCACCACUACCUGCGCUACCUUGGCUCCAAGCGCUACUAAUUGAAAUAAUUUUGUUCACAGUUAUUCUCAUAGGUGCUCUACUUCUAUAUAUUGCUUAUUUUAGUGCAUUCCUCAUCACAUGUUACUUAUUUCCCAGUUUGAAUGAAUUGUGUUUAGUUUUUAGCUGCUCUUUUAUAAUCAUUCAUCUUCGUUUCAUUUAAAAUCCCGGAUUUUCUCAUCGAUAUACCCUCGUAAUAACGUAGAAGAUAGUAAUCAAAAAUCGUUAAAUUGCAAGUGAAGUUUUAUAAAGUCAGAACAUAUUUGCAUUAUCUCGAUGAUUUUUUACAAAAUUGCUACGCUUUGCUAAGUGAACAUUUUUAUAUCUGACGUACUUGAAAUCUUGUUGAACUCGGUAAACUCAACCCGCGUUGUCAACGUAACCAUGAUUGACUCUUCCAUCGCCUUAUGUGUUCAUAUGUAUAGAUUUAUGUUGAUAGUUGUAUUUGUAUGUCGAUAGUUAUAGAUGUUAUUUAAAUCCAUAUGACUGGCACUGAUACUGGGUUAUGCUGUAGGAAUAGCUACAUAUGAUGAUUCUGAAUCAACAUAAAUAAUUUAUAGACCAAGGAAAAAACUUCGGAUAAACCUGGUUGAUGAAAAAAAAAACAUUUUUUCAAACAUGUGUUAUGACUUGCUCUGUGGAGAAAAAUUGAAAGAUUUUUCAUAGAUUGCGUUAUGUUGCUUUUCAUGGUUAGUGCCUUCAUAAUAAGUUAAGAAUAAAAUAAGGAAAUAAAUUGUCCUUUGCACCGUAGUUUGUUCUGUGAUAUGUACAGUUGGUAUCUCUUUGCUGAUAGUGCAAAUAAAACCGUAAUGAUUAAGUUGUACGUGGCAUUUAGUUUGACAUGAAACAAAACUCUGUCUGAUGUAACUUUUUAUUCUGGUGACGCGUUCGUUAGUUCGCUUUUGUAGCUCUUAUUUAAUGACUGUAACUCCUUUGUCUCCCAGUCGCCUGUCGCUUUUUAAUCCCUUAUCAUUUUUUAUAAGACUUAUGGUGAUCGCUGUCCUGUGCGAAUUCCAGUUAGGAAUUUUAUGACUGUUUUCGGUUGUUUCCAUGGCUGUCUAUGGCUGUUUCCAUCGAGAUCUCUGAUUGUUUCCAUCAAGGUCUAUGGUUGUUUCCAUCGAGAUCUCUAGUAGUUUCCAUCGAGAUCUCUGGUUGUUUCCAUCGAGAUAUCUGGUUGUUUCCAUCAAUGUCUAGUGUCUCCAUCACCGCAUUCAUUCCUUCUACUCAGUUAAUGCCGAUGCUUAAGAUGUCAAUUUCCGUUAAGUUGAUCACUCUGAUGUUUUAAGUUGAUUUGUUCACUCUGCAACUGAUGUUUUUUUCAAGACAAUGAAUUUUUUAAUGUAAGUUAUUCGCUCAUGUAUAGUUGUGCCAACCACUGCAGGAUUAAUGUGUGGACAUUUUUUCCCGAUUUUUGUUCUCAUUAUGGACUAGUAACUUAUCCGUAAUUAUGACGAACUAUUGACAUAAUAUUGUAACUAAAUGAAUGAUAUGUUACCAAUCACUUGCGCGCUAAGUGACAAUACGUUUUAUACGUUUUUUUAAAUCUCAUUUUAGUACCUAUUGUUCCUGACAACGUUUUCAAUAGGCGACUGCGUGUAUCAACAACAUAGUUUAUACGAAUUUUUAGUUCAUAUAUUAGUGGACGUUAUCAGUCUCUGCCUCUCGAAAUUAUCACUGCAGUCAUCCAAAAAUUUCUAUCAGUUUUCAGUCCAACUGUACAAUGUCGAGAACACGACACUCGGAGUGUCUAAAAUAAGAUGUAAUAGCAAUGAUUAUCAAUACUAUAUAACAUCUCAUUCAGUUGAAUGGCCUAAACUCUUAUAAUUAUUGUAUACAUUAUGUUCAUCUCAUCCUCUGUACUUACGUAGUCAUAAAUAAGGUCCAAGUUUUCCAUAGGGCUUCGUGGUUGCGGAAAAUAUGUUCUGCAACCAUAUACUAAUAACAGGAUUUGUCUAAUAAACUAGUGUUUUCUUA